CCAUGGUAACCGAGAGACGCUGAACUCAUCGCAACAUGGCGGCGCGUGGUGCUAGGAGGCUAAUGCUAGCAGCGUGUUAGCUUGCUCCGCUGAGGCUGGACCUGUUUGUGCGGUGAUUUAACGCGGGGAUCGAACCCGUGGAUGUAACUGAGCGACGCUCGGCUGGUGUUCACGCAGCGGUUUGUUGUGGUUUCUCCGGUUUCUGCUCCACUCGCCCAGUUAGCACACGUGCUAGCGGGGUCGCUUCCAUCGUCGCUCAUGGCUUUCUACGAGGUGUAUUCUCAUCCGGCUUUGAUUCGGUACAGGACGAGUGUUUGCACCAAGGCGUCCGUGUUCCUGGUCGUGGUUCUGGGCCUCACCUACAUCGCUCCCCUGCUGGUCGCGUACCGGAGCCAAGGGUUCUGGAUCAAAGUGAGCAGCUACGAGGAGCAGCCGGUGGUGCGGUACCAGUACCAGGCUCUGCUGGUGGCAGCUACCGGUCCCCUGGGGGACUACGUGGCCUGGAGCACCUUCCCCAACCUGAACCGCAUGCUGGGGGCCAAGCUCCGGAUCCCGGGCGUCUCUGUGAGAGAAGAGGACUCAAACCAGGACGGCAAGUUCGACCUGCUGACCUUUAAACUGCAGCUGCCCCUGAAAGCAGAGGAGCAGGUGACCAGUGUCCAGCUGCUGCUCACCUUCAGCUACCAGCUCUUCCGGAUGUCCACGGUGGUGAUGCAGAGCCUGGUCUAUGUGCAGCACUCGUCUUCUGUCCCGGGAGCGAAGCUGUUCAUCAGUGGAGACCUGAGGCUGCAGCAGAGGACGCCCCUGCCUCACCGAGGACUGGACAACAUUUACAAUGUGUCUGUGAUCGACGGCUCCAGCCCCUUUGCGAGUGCGUAUGACCUCGAUGACAUCAUCAGGAGAUACCAGGAAAGAAACUUGAGCACAGUGCUGUCCUGUCCCAUGCCAGUGUGGACAGUGGGACGAGCGGCUGCUUCUCCCUUUGAGCUCAAUGCAGAGAUCCGUUACCCAGUGGAGGUCAUCAGCUAUCGUCCCGGUUUCUGGGAAACUAUCAAGUUCGCCUGGAUCCAGUACGUCAGUGUCCUCCUCAUCUUCGUGUGGCUCUUUGAACGGAUCCAGAGAUUUGUUUUCCAGAACCAGGUUCUGACCACCGUACCCAUACCAGUGGGAAAAGCUCACCUGUCGUGAUUCACUGGUAGUUACUGGACCUUCAGGUCAGAACCACAUGUCUCACAAUGACUCACCAACAACAAACCACUGAGUUUUAGGGAGCGGCGGUUUUAUUAGUUUUGUAAAAACACAUUAAGAACAUCCAGUUCUAUCAGAGCUCACUGCAGCUGUGACUCCAUAUCAGUUUAAAUCCCUGUCAAUAUUAACACGCCUGAAAAUGCACCACGUACAUGGGAAUUGUCGCAAAUGGCUCUAAUAAUAUCUCGUCUCCUACACAUAUUAACAGUCGUACCAUACGGUCGGGAGUGUCUCUGUCCUAGUUAACAAAAAGCCCUUUAAACUGAAACGUCUCUGUUGGAGUGGCUGUCCAGCUCCGCAGCAGCGUGGACGCCAGACGUAUCUGAAGCACAGUUGCUGUAGUUGUGUGGUUGUUGCCUUAAAGCCUAAUUUCAUGGUGGUGCAUUGACCAGAGCAGGCAGCGCUCCGACAGUUUUCUCGUUCCACUUCUGUGUGGGGUUCUUUAUAAAAACAUGCUUCAUAAAAGAUGCAAAACCUCUUUUAUAUUUUCAUCUCCUCCUGGACAGGUUUCUACACUGCACCUCCACGACUGAAACAAAUCAUUUCUUCUUUCUCUGCUGUUGAAAUUAAUUAUUUUAAUGUAUAUAAAUAGUUUUUUUAAAAAUAUAUUUUUACUAGUUGUAUGUUCGUGACCAUUUGUGAUAGCAGUUUUGUUGAUCUGCUGAUUUUUGUAUCGUUCCAAAGCUUUAGUUGAAUAAUAAUAAAUGAUUUGUACAUUUGAA